GAAGAAGAAAAAAAGACGAUUUGAGGAGAAAUGUGAAGCGCAUGCGCCAUCUGAAGGUUUUGCGCUGCGCAUCCAUGCUGCAGUGUGCUAGUUUGUGAGAGGAGGCGACUGAAGCAGGUGAGAGAAAGAAAGAGAGAGAAAAGAAGAGAGGGAGGGACAGCCGCUGAUACUGUUCUGCAGUCCGACGCGCAGAGACGCACACAUACGGUGUGGGAAGACGGCAGACCCGGAGCCUCAGCAGCCGCUGUUGUUCACACGCUGUGCUCUCUUCCUCCCCUGGCACCAAGCGAGCCAAGCCGCACUGUUUGGAGAUAGAUAUUUUUUUGGGGGGGAGCAUACUGUCUGGAGCCGAUUCAUUGUGCCAUCUGUGUGUUUUUUUUGUGUGUGUGUGUGUGUUUUUUGUUUUUUUACGAGGCGGAUGACUGACUUGUUUGCAUCUGAAGACGUGUAAGUGGAGCUGUGGGAUUGUCAGCGUCGUUCUUCGCACAGAAUGGAAGGUAAACUGACGAGUCGUCUGUGGCGAGGGUCACCGUGUGGGUCUUCCCGCAGGUAAAACGCGCUAUGAGCUGGGCGUGCGAGCUGCUGGAUUUUAUGAUAAUACCAAGAUUUUUUAUGUUUUGGGUUUGACAUUGUCUAGAGAUAACCUUGGACUUUUUUUUUUUUUUUUUUUUUUUAAUAAUUUGGAUAGGAACUAUUAAAGUAGGCCGCUUUCAAUUAGAAGAUAAUCGACAUCCGACGUUUCCGCCAGUGAGGUCGCCGUAGAUGGUUUUAUUUGUUAAUAGUAACUGCAAAGUCGUGCACUGAUUCGUUAAAAAAGGAAGUGAUCAUUUUCUUCCUUAAACGGCCUUUGGACAUUUAUUUUCUGUAUCCCGCUGCUUCAUACGAGCCCUCUAAACGGUCUGGCGCACGGAGCGCAUGCAUUCAGUAAUUGUUUGGGCGUCCGUGUUCACCAAAACACCCAACUUGAAGAACUUCCAGACUUAGCGUUUCGCUUUCUUCACCCCAGCCAAGCACUUUGCAAGAAAUCCGGAUAAAAGGACAAGACUUGUCUCCACAGCAGCGGAAAAGGACAUCUUAAAUCCACCUGGCCUGCUCAGGGAUUAUUGGUCUGAUAUCGUCUCCAUAGAGUGGAUUACAUCUUCUACCGGCUGUGCUCCCUGAUCAAACGGCAGCAUGAACCUGGGACUGGGCUGUGUGUGUCGGCCGGUUUCCUGGCCCUUUGGCAGCGUGUUGGACUCCAGAAACUGUGUCUUUGCCCUCACACUCCUCACACUCCUCAUGCAGGUAGUGGUGGAGGCCAACUCUUGGUGGUCUUUGGCUAUGAACCCUUUACUGAUCCCAGAGGCCUACAUCAUCGGUGCCCAGCCUUUGUGCAGCCAGCUGGUGGGCCUGUCUCAGGGCCAGAAGAAGCUGUGCCAGCUUUACCAGGACCACAUGCAGUACAUCGGUGAAGGUGCCAAAACAGGCAUCAGAGAGUGCCAGUACCAGUUCAGACAUCGGCGCUGGAACUGUAGCACAGUGGACAACUCAUCUGUUUUUGGACGGGUUAUGCAAAUUGGCAGCCGUGAAACGGCGUUCACCUAUGCCAUUAGCGCGGCAGGGGUGGUGAACGCGGUGAGCCGCGCCUGCAGAGAGGGGGAGCUCUCCAGCUGUGGCUGCAGCCGUGCGGCUCGCCCCAAAGACUUGCCGCGAGACUGGCUGUGGGGCGGCUGCGGAGACAACCUCAACUACGGCUACAGGUUCUCCAAGGAGUUUGUGGACGCACGCGAGAGGGAGAAGAGCUACCCUAAAGGCUCAUAUGAGAGCGCCCGGCUAAUGAUGAAUAUCCACAAUAACGAGGCUGGAAGGAGGACUGUGUCAGACCUUGCCAACGUGUCCUGCAAGUGCCAUGGGGUAUCAGGCUCCUGCAGCCUGAAGACUUGCUGGCUGCAGCUAGCUGACUUCCGCAAGGUGGGCGAUGCACUGAAGGAAAAGUAUGACAGCGCCGCUUCCAUGAAGCUCAACACGCGUGGAAAGCUGGUGCAGAUGCACAGCAAGUUCAAUGCUCCCACAAGCCACGACCUAGUGUACAUCGAGUCCAGUCCAGACUACUGCCUGAAGAACCAAAGCACCGGCUCCUUGGGCACAGUGGGGCGCCUUUGCAACAAGACCUCGGAAGGCAUGGAUGGGUGUGAGCUGAUGUGCUGCGGCCGCGGUUACGACCAGUACAAGGCCCAGAUAGUGGAGCGCUGCCACUGCAAGUUCCACUGGUGCUGCUAUGUCAAGUGCAAGCGCUGCACCAAGAUCGUAGACCAAUUCGUCUGCAAGUGAGAAGAGGAGUGUUGCUUGUGUGUGUUUGCUUGCAGACCAUGGGCAUUCUUCUGUCUGUAUCCGUGAGCAAAGGAGGUGAACACAGAGAAAGAAUGGAAGAAAGAAACUAUAUAAAUUAUAUUUAUAGAGUUAAACAAUUAUGCCAUUGCAAAAAGACUGACUCUUUUUUUCAACAAAAAAAAAAAUCUUAUGUCUUCAGAAACUGAGAGUAUCGUGAAAUAUUUAUUUUGAGAUUGUUUUAUUUUGGCCCAGUCAUCACCAGUCGAUUUUAACCCAUUCAAGUGCCUACAACUGUCUGAAAAUCUACCCCCAGCUGACCCCCACCUUUUUGUUCAUAUCAGAAAAUACAAAUCUUCUUGUCAGAUGGGUCACACUGAUUGUGAAAUUGGAUUGUGCUUCCAAUUUCCUUAGAAGAGUAGUGUUUUAUAUUUGUGGCAUAAUUGACUCAGAGGUCCUGGUUUGUUGUUUGAGAAUGGCUGUGUUGAAAGGACAAUAUGUGCUUUAGUGUAUGGAAGUGAUUUCAUGGGCCCAGUCCCAGACCAGCCUUCACAUCCUAACCGAAGUCUACUUGUCCCCUCUCACCACAUGUAGAGUAAGGAACACUGUUGGUUCGUAUGAGUCCUUGGAGAACAAUGGGUACAAUAAGAGGGCUGUUUUGGGGAUUGGGCCAUUUAUUAAGCUGUCCCUGAAGCCUUAGAGUUCCCCAGGUGCUGCAACAAGCCCUCCACCAUUAUGCACUUUGAUACAGAGGCUUAAACCUGUCUGUGCGUGUCUGUUCAGCUGUCUUUUUUUUUUUACAGUGCAUCAACAAAUAUAUCAAUAUUAUAGCCUACAUUCUUUUCCAUAUUAAUUCAGAUUAUCCAUUUAACAUUAUCUUUACAAUACUUAAUAUGGUUUGAAUAUAUAUGGGCAAUGUUGUGGUUACAGUGGUGAAAUAUUCCAUGCUAUGUAUAUAUAGUAUGUCUAUCCAACCAAUCAGUAAACUGUAUUUAUUUUCUUUAAACGGAUCCUCCUCUAAGCUUAAAACAGUAAAGCAUCAUCUCCAUCAUAGAUCUACAGUCGAUCAAUAGAUCAAUAGUCAGACAUCCUCAAGUCACUGCUUGAAGUCACUUUUUAAAAUUGUGUUCUCACUAAUGUGGCUCUUCACUGUUUUUGUAAAGGGAAAUGCACCUUAUUGUUUCAACACACAAAUUAUUUCUUCUCACUCAUGUUCAGCUUUACUGUACUACACACAAAUACACUUGUUUAUCACAGAUGACGUUCAUCACCACAGAUUUCCUGUACCACUCAGUUAACUUCUAACUAUCCCUGUGAUGAUUCUCAAUAGACAAACUAUUUCUACCAAUCCAAAUAUGUAUAUUUAUAAGCUUCUCCAUGAAUUUGAGGUUUGUUAAACGUAAUGUGUUAUAGCUGAUAUUUUGUUACUUUUUACAAAUUGGCUCAAUGCUCUACUUUGUUUCAAUAAAUAUCAAAUGUAAA